GAGGAGCGCGAUAAGACCUCUAUCACUACCAUGCCAGGGAGGAUCACUCUUCUUCUCUGCUUUGCCCUCUUUAAUGGCAUCUCCGCAGCAGGGGAGCCGUGGCGCUGGCCGUCUCGCAUGCCAGUUCGUUCUCCUGUGGACUCUUUCAGGCCCUCAGGAAACCUAGAGUCGCAAUGGGUGAAGCAGGCGACGAUCGACUCGUGGCCCCACCUGGUGAUUCUCUUCAUCGAUAACAUGUACAUCUGCAGCGGCUCCCUCAUCUCCAACGAGUGGGUGCUGACCGCCGCGCAUUGCAUGGACGGUGCGAGUUUCGCCGAAAUUGUAAUGGGCGCGUGGGCAAACCAAGCAAGUGAAAUGACAAUGACUUCACAAGACUUUCUUGUUCACGAGAACUGGAACAGUUUCACUCUUUCAAACGACAUCGCUCUGGUCAAACUGCCCCAGCCCGUCGACUUCAACGAAUUCAUUGGCAGUGUGGGUCUGCCAAGCGAAGAUCUGGCAGCAGGCGACAUAAUGCAUGUCCCGAACUGGAGCGCUCCAUUUGCAGUUUCUGAUGUGCAAGCCGAGGUACUUAGCAAUACCGAGUGUAAGAGCAUCUUUGGCUUUAUUAAUGACUCGGUGGUCUGUGUUAAGAAACUCUCUAGUCAAGGAGACUGUCAGGUUGAUUCUGGCGCUCCCCUGCAAAACGCUGGAAAUACUUACGGCAUCAGCUCCUUCGGCUCGUCAGUAGGGUGCGACGCAGGCUAUCCUAUCGCCUUCACUCGCGUCUUUCAUUUCCUUGACUGGAUAGAAAUGCACACCGGAGUUACCCCACAGUAACUCAGCAGCGCAAAGAUCAUAUUAUGAAGCGCUUCUACGCCGCACCUCGACUACUUUUAACCCUUUGACAGCUAUUUGUUACAUCUUUCCUUCAUCACUAAUCAGUCUGAGACAUCUUUACUUGUUCUAUAGCCAACUCCAAUCUUUAAACUGCGUAGAAAUUACAAAAUCUACUUUUUUUUAAUCCCCUACUUUCUUGUAGAUGCUUAUACAGAUUCCAUGCAUUACUUCUGGUGCUGUUAACUGAUUCGUAUCGCAGUGAAAGGAUUAAAAGGCUCUAGCUAAAGUUACAUGGAUUUUUAAGGAUGGUUUUACAAUUAUAGGGGCAAAUUGACACGAUUUCUAUAUUCAUAAGAGAAAAAAACACUCUUCAGAACCCAGCUAAUCAUCUCUGUGGCCUUUGAAAAUAGUAGUGAGGAGAGAGCAAAGCGUUUCAGAAUACGGACUGUAAGACCACCUGCUGUUUGUACUUUAUCGUUCUCUUUAAGCAUUCCAUUGCUAUAGCUGUUCUUUGUUAAUCUUCCAAGCACUGUAAAAAGUAUUUGUCUAAACACAAAGAAAGAGACAUUAAGAUCA